GCUUCUCUUUCCCUCCUUCCUCCACCACCUUUAAUUUCAUUCUCUCUCUCUCAAAGUAAGUAAUGUGAUUAGAGAUGGGCACAGAAAGGAAGCUGAUAGUAGAGGUUAUAGAAGCCCGGAACUUGGUACCCAAAGACGGCCAUGGCGCCUCCAGCCCUUACGUCGUUAUCGACUUCUACGGCCAGAGAAAGAAGACCCGAACCGUCCUUCGCGAUCUCAACCCUCAGUGGAACGAGACGCUCGAGUUCAACCUCAGCAAACAUUCCGACAUUUUCGGCGACAUGCUCGAGCUGGAUGUCUACCAUGAUAAGAACGUUGGCCCCACCACCAGGAAUAACUUUCUGGGGAGGGUCAAGCUCAACGCUACUCAGUUUGUGAAGAAAGGCGAAGAGGCGUUGAUAUAUUAUCCUUUGGAGAGAAAGUACUUGUUAAGCUGGAUUCAGGGUGACAUUGGGUUGAAGAUUUAUUUUGUCGAUGAAACCGUUCCUCCGCCGCCGCCUCCACCGGAGGAAAAGAAGCCUGCUGAGACGGAACCACCACCAACAGCAGAAGCGAAACCCUCAGGUGAGGUAGCUGAACCGCCUCCUGCAAAGGCUGAGGGAACACCGGAAGGUGAAGCUAAAGAAGGACCGCCAGUUCCGCCACCGCCUCCGCCGGUACCGGAAAAUCUGCCUGCCGAAGAAGAAAGUAAGGAUCCGGUGGAUCCUUCACCGGAACAGCUGGUACAACCGGAUGAUGGAUCGGUUGAGAUGAAGGCGUCCGUAGCGACGGCAUCUAUGCCGGAAGUCAAAAUCAGCGGCGGCCUCGUCGGCCCUAAGCCGCUCAGCCGGACUCCGUCAGUUAGCAGCUUUGUGUCCGAUGCAUCCGAUAGAUCCGCAAUGGAACGGUCCUCGUUCGACCUCGUGGAGAAAAUGCAUUACCUCUUUGUCCAAGUCGUGAAAGCGAGGUCUCUUCCGACCGCCGGAAGGCCAGUGGUGAAGAUCGUCGUCUCCGGCAGCCACGUCAUCUCCAGACCCGCUCGGAAAACCCAACUUUUCGAGUGGGACCAGACGUUUGCUUUCGGCAGGGACGCACCGGAUUCUUCCUCCCUUUUAGAGAUAUCUGUGUGGGACCCUUUGAGCUCCAAGUCACUAGAUCCUAAAUCCGACGUGGCCGGGCAUAACUUCUUGGGCGGGAUUUGUUUCGAAGUCAGCGAGAUUCCUGUGAGAGAUCCGCCAGACUGUCCACUGGCCCCACAAUGGUACAGGCUGGAAGGCGGAGGGGCCCACAAGGGUGAUCUUAUGCUCGCCACGUGGGUCGGAACUCAGGCUGACGAAUCGUUUCCUGACGCGUGGAAAACGGACACUGCAGGUAACCCCACCUCCCGAUCAAAGGUGUACCAGUCGCCUAAACUGUGGUACCUGAGAUCAUCCGUGAUAGAAGCCCAAGACAUCUUUGCAUUAACCGCACCGUCAAAAGAAUCAUCUUUCCAAAUCAAAGCCCAACUGGGAUUCCAAGUCCAAAAGACUAAGCCCGCCAGUUCCGCCACCGGCUCGCCGUCGUGGAACGAAGAUUUGGUGUUCGUUGCGGCGGAGCCGUUCACCGAGCAUUACCUCCUGUUUUACCUAAUAGAGCAUCUACCGCCGAAAGAGCAAGCCGUGCUCAGCGUCGCCAGCAUACCGCUCUCCUCCAUCGAGCGUCGCGUCGACGAUCGCCAGGUGAUUUCCAGAUGGUUCACUUUCGAAGAUCAGAACGAAGAAAAGAGAGUUUACAAAGGUAGAGUCCACCUGAGACUAUGUUUCGACGGCGGAUAUCACGUGAUCGAGGAGGCAGCGCACGUGUGCAGCGAUUAUCGUCCGACCGCCAGGCAACUCUGGAAACCGCCGGUAGGUACCGUCGAGCUGGGAAUCAUUGGAUGCAAAAAUCUUCUGCCGAUGAAAACAAUGAGAGGCAAGGGCUGUACCGAUGCAUAUGCGGUGGCCAAGUACGGCAGCAAGUGGGUUCGCACUCGUACGAUCUCUGAUAAUUUGUGCCCUAGAUGGAAUGAGCAAUACACUUGGAGAGUAUAUGAUCCCUCCACUGUAGUCACAAUCGGAGUGUUUGAUAGUUGGGAGGUUAUCGAUCCUGAGAAUUCCAAAGAUGUUCGAAUGGGGAAAGUGCGGAUUCGAAUUUCUACUUUGGCCACCGGGAAAGUUUACAGAAACACAUUCUCACUAAUAUUGCUAUCUCCGGCUGGAUUGAAGAAAAUGGGGGAAAUUGAAUUGGCUGUGAGGUUUGUUCGUUCCACUCCUACACUCGAUUUCCUGCACGUAUACGCGCAACCAAUGCUGCCGGUUAUGCACCACAUUCGGCCGCUCGGCGCGGUCCAACAGGAGUCGUUAAGGACGGCGGCCGUGAAAUUGCUCACCACGCAUCUAUCCCGGUCCGAGCCGCCGCUAAGGCGCGAGGUCGUGUCCUACAUGCUCGACGCGGACUCACACUCGUUCAGCAUGCGUAAGGUGCGUGCGAAUUGGUUUAGGAUCAUCAAUGUUAUCGCGGCGGUUAUAGAUGUGGUGAAAUGGGCGGACGACACGCGCGCCUGGAGAAACCCAACGGCCACGAUUCUCGUGCACGCCUUGCUGGUCCUGCUGGUGUGGUUCCCCGAUCUCAUCAUCCCCACCUUCGCAUUCUACGUCUUCAUGAUCGGCGCGUGGAACUACCGGUUCCGAUCCAAGGACAAACUCAACCACUUCGACACCAAAAUCUCACUGGCGGAGUCCAUUGAUCGCGAUGAGCUGGACGAGGAGUUCGACGCCGUGCCGUGCACCAGGCCCAACGACAUGGUGCGCGCCAGGUACGAUAAGCUGCGCAUGCUCGGCGCGCGAGUGCAAACCCUGCUGGGUGAUCUCGCCACGCAGGGGGAGCGCGUGCAGGCGUUGGUGACCUGGCGCGACCCUCGCGCCACCGGGAUCUUCAUCGCUCUCUGCUUCGUGGUGGCAUUUAUCUUGUAUUUGGUGCCGUCGAAGAUGAUAGCCAUGGCGUUUGGGUUCUAUUACCUGCGCCAUCCUCUGUUUAGGGACAGAAUGCCUUCGCCUGCCUUGAAUUUCUUCAGGCGCUUGCCUUCCCUCGCUGAUCGAAUGUUGUAGAACAACGUAACUCCUGCGUUAUCUGAACCUUUAAUUUAAAUAUAUUAUGAGCUAUUAAUACUUUGUUUAAGCUCAGUAUGUAGCUAAGGUUACUAUUUCCAAAAUUUGUGACAAUAAAAUUUCACUUUGAUUAUUAUAGACUUUAGAAUGAUUUUUACAA